UCAUUUUUGUUCCGUAAACAUCUCUCCGCAAAAAAAAACUAAACAGAGAUACGUGAAGUAGCGAUAUAGCAAUAUAUGGUCACACAAGGUGUUUUAUUUGCUUGUCUCAAAGACAUUUGUUGAGUUGUGUUGUGCGAACAAUAUACAUGAAAAAUUAAUAAUAACAAAAAAAUAAAGAAGUGACAAAAAUUUCGCGUACAAUAUGUCACAAAAAAUUGUGAUUUUUGCGACGAUUCUCGGGGUUAUCAGCGGAGUUACGUCAACUGGUUAUUACACAAUCGUUGCUCCAAAGUCGUUAAGACCUAAUUCCGAGUAUCAUGUUUCGUUGUCGGCGCAUGGAAUAACAGACGCUUUGCAAGUAAAAGUGUUCCUCAAUGGCACAGAAGAGAGUGGCGGUACCUUCUACAGAAGUCAAGAUGUCGUUUUAGAACCAAGUUCCUUCAAAACUGUCAAGUUUGAGCUCGGUGCUUUGAAGUCUGGCAGUUAUAAACUAAAUGCCGAGGGGUUAUCUGGUUUGGUAUUUCAAAAUUCGACCGAUUUGGAUUUCAACGCGAAAAGUUUCUCGGUAUUGGUGCAAACUGAUAAGGCGAUUUACAAGCCGGGUGACUUGAUUCGGUUCCGUACGCUUGUUUUGGAUGCCAAUACGAAGCCGUAUGCCUUCAAUGGGCCCAUGAACGUCUUCAUGAUCGACGGAAGCGGAAAUCGCGUGAAACAAUGGUUGGAUGUGAAGACAACGAAAGGCGUUUACAGCGGCGAAUUCCAACUGUCGGCUGUUACUGUCUUGGGCGAUUGGAAAAUCGAAGUUGAAGUUGAUGGCGAAAAGGAAUCAAAAACUGUCGAAGUUGCCGAGUAUGUUUUGCCUAAAUUUGAAGUGACAGUUGAUACGCCUCCGCAUGCCGUUUUCAAAGAUGGCAAGAUUCGCGUCACAAUUCGCUCGAAAUACACCUACGGCAAACCCGUGAAAGGCGAAGCGACAAUUUCUGCCUUCCCCACGUUGUACAUCGGAAGUGUUCAGCCCUUCAUCCAAGACGCCAUUGCUCGAAAAGUUGUGCCAAUUGAUGGAAAGACUGUCGUUGAGUUCGAUAUCAAGGAAGAAUUGAAAGUUGAUUCCGACAAUGAGUACGAACGAGAUGUCAUUAUCGAAGCAAUUGUCGAAGAAGAGCUCACGGGACGUCGUCAAAACGGAACUGGCAAAGCGACACUCCACAAAAGUCGUCACAAGAUCGAUUUCGUGAAAGAUACCGACGAAUAUCGUCCCGGAUUGCCAUUCACCACAUAUGUGAAAGUAAAUUUCCAUGAUGGAGCUCCUGUACAAGACACUUCCAAUCCCGUUAACGUCAGUAUUCAAUACUUUUGGCGCGAUAACUCGUCACAGGAGAAACUUGUCACGCUCGACGGCAACGGAAUGGCUCGCAUUGAUCUCGUUGUACCCAAAGAUGCUGAUACUUUGAGUGUUAGUGCGACAUAUUUGGGAGUUACAUCAUACAUGGGAUACGUAAAACAAGCGAAAUCCGAAAGCGGAUCAUAUUUAAGUGCGAAACUUUUGACAGAAACACCUCAAAUCAACUCCGACGUCAAUGUUGAAGUUCAAACAACGGAAGUCAUUCGAGAAUGUUUCUACCAAGUACUUGGAAGGGGAGAUAUUAUCGCUUCAGGCGCUGUAACUGUCCCAAAUGCCAAGACAGCAACAUUUAAAUUCCUCGCAACUUUUGCAAUGGUACCAAAAGCUCAGUUGGUUGUUUAUUACAUUCGACCUGAAGACGGAGAAAUGGUCAGUGAUCGCGUUGAAAUCGUUUUUAGCUCGGAUCUCGCCAACUUUGUGAGAUUAGAUGUCUCGAAAGCAGAAACCCGUCCCGGAGACGAAGUACAAAUUACAGUAAGCACAAAGCCAAAUUCCUUCGUUGGAUUGUUGGGAGUCGAUCAAAGUGUUUUGUUACUGAAAAAAGGUAAUGACUUAAGCAAAGAUGCAGUUUUCGAUGAACUCAGCAAAUACGACAGCAAUAACAACCGUUGGGGCGGCCCAUGGGGAAGAUUCAAGCGUGACAUUUUAUAUCCGUGGGAAAGAGAACGUUAUGAACACUUCGAAAGUGCCGGAAUGGUCAUUUUAACGAACACAAAAGGAGAAAAAACUCCUUCCGACGACAAUAGCGCGCCAAAAGGCACGAACUAUCAGUAUUAUAAAGAUACGCCAAGUAGUAGACGUUAUAAAGCGUUAGAACAACAAAAGUACAAAUUGACGACAGUAAAGACGGAUUUGGGUCCGCCAAAAGUGUUGAAAACCUUUACGAGACCUCCGUUGGCAGGACCUUACGCCUUUAGUCGUAUCCCCAAACCACAUUGGAAUAGGCCGCGCAUUAAUGUACCGCAUGAAAUCGAAAAAACCUGGCUAUUUUUAAGUACACAAGCGGGCUUGGAUGGCAUUGCCACGUUGAACAAAAAAGUUCCCGAUACAAUUACAUCUUGGGUUAUUACUGGAUUUGCUGUUGAUCCUGUCAGCGGAUUGGGAUUAACUGAACGCCCAAAGAUGUUGAAUGUCUUCCAACCGUUCUUCGUUUCCUUGAAUUUGCCUUAUUCCGUGAAACGAGGUGAAAUUGUGUCGAUUCCUGUUGUCGUCUUUAACUACAUGGAACGAGAUCAAACAGCUGAAGUCACGUUGCAUAAUGCCGAGAACGAAUUUGAGUUUGUUGAAUUGGAUAAUGAGAUUCCUGAUGAUUCGAAAGUUGAACUUUCCCGCAAAAAGAGCGUAAAAAUUAGCGCAAACAGCGGAAGUAGCGUCGCCUUCAUCAUUCGCCCGAAGAAAGCAGGUCACAUCACCAUCAAAGUAACAGCUCAAUCCAACUCCGCUGGAGACGGCGAGGAACGUCAAUUACUCGUAAAGCCCGAAGGUGUCACGCAAUACGUAAACGAAGCAGUUUUCGUUGAUUUACGCAACAGCCCCAACUUUUUCCAAAAUCUCACGGUAAACAUUCCCAAAAAUGCUGUUCCUGACUCGACGCACAUCGAAGUCACCGUUGUCGGCGACGUUCUUGGCCCAACAAUUAAAAAUUUGGAUAAAUUAAUUCGCAUGCCAUACGGAUGCGGAGAGCAAAAUAUGUUGAAUUUCGUGCCAAAUAUCGUCGUUUUGGAUUAUUUGACGAAAAUUAAUCAAAUAACGCCCGAAAUUGAGGGUAAGGCGAAAAAAUUCAUGGAAGACGGGUAUCAGCGUGAAUUGACGUACAAACAUAAGGAUGGCUCCUUCAGUGCAUUUGGGGAAAGUGACAAAUCGGGAAGUACCUGGUUGACGGCGUUCGUUGCAAAAUCCUUUAGACAUGCCUCGAAAUAUAUUUCCGUGGAAGAAAGUGUCAUCCAAAACGCAUUGCAAUUUUUGGCAAAUACUCAGGCGCCAAACGGAAGUUUCCCCGAGCCGGGAGUUGUGUCGCACAAAGACAUGCAAGGAGGAUCCGGAGAUGGACUCGCAUUAACUGCUUAUACGUUAAUUACCUUUUUGGAGAACAAAAAUGAGCAUCCACAGUUCCAAAACAACAUUAAUCGCGCCAUUGACUAUAUGGUAAAGAAUAUCGAGAACUUGGAUGACCUUUAUGCGAUUGCUUUGACAGCUUAUGCUCUUCAAUUAGCGAAUCACAAUGCUAAGGAUUUCGUUCUUACUCGUUUGGAUGCUCGUGCUACCAACGACGGAGACACCAAACACUGGUCGAAGCCCAUUCCCGCAACUGACAACAAAAAUCCAUGGUACAACAAACCAAAUUCCGUCAAUGUUGAGAUGACUUCAUAUGCUUUACUUGCUUAUAUCGCUGCUGGACAAGAAGCUGCUGCAUUCCCCAUCCUAAAAUGGCUCGUGGGACAGAGAAACGAGAACGGCGGCUUCCAAUCCACACAAGAUACAGUCGUUGGCAUCCAAGCUCUUGCUGCAAUCGGUUCGAAACUCGCUUCAGGCAGUAGUAAUGUUCAACUUAGCGUGCAUUAUGGCGAUGGAAAGGAAGCAAAUAUCAAUGUCAACCCCGGAAAUGCUCUUCUUUUGCAGUCAUAUCUCUUACCUGACACAAUUCGUGAAGUAAAUUUCACUGCAACGGGCUCCGGAGUGGCUGUCGCUCAACUUGCUUAUCGUUACAACACGAACGUCACCGGUGAAUGGCCUCGUUUCACAUUGGAUCCGCAAGUUAGUCGCGAUUCGACGAAAGAUCACUUACAUUUGACCGUUUGUACGAGCUUUGUGCCUGCUGAAGAGAACGAAGUUUCGAAUAUGGCAGUCAUGGAAGUUGAAUUCCCAUCCGGUUUCACUGCAGAUCUUGAUAGUUUGCCGUCGUUGGAGAACUAUGAGAACGUAAAACGUGUUGAAACAAAGGACGGUGACACAAAUGUCGUAUUGUACUUUGAUAAUUUGGAGCGAAAAGAGACUUGUCCUACAAUUCGGGCCUUCCGCACACACAAAGUUGCGAAACAGAAGCCAGCUGCCGUCGUUGUUUAUGAUUAUUAUGACAAUUCUCGUCAAGCUCGCAUGUUCUACCAAACUGAAGCAGCAACCACUUGUGACAUCUGCGAAGGCGAAGAAUGUGCUGAAAAAUGUUCACCCCAAGCCCUGAAACAACAAGCCGAGAAGGAAUCACAAAGCAAGGAACCCGAAAUUUUGUUCAAAGCAGGAAAAGGUGGAUCUUCACAAUUGAUCGAAAGUGUCGUUACACUAAUUUUAACAUUCCUGUGUGUACGAUUGUUCUAAAAAAACGAUAUUUUAACAGAUUUUAACAAGA